UCAGUAAAAUCGUGACCGGCCGGCGAGAUGCUUCUUCUGUUUUGAAUCGUGUUAUGUGAAAAGAGUACUAAACUUGUGUUAUGUCGUGGUUUAAGGAAGAGAGGAAAACCUCCUUCAUAAGAACGUUCUGUAAUAAUGUCAUCAAAGCCGGUCAGAUUCCUAAACACGUUGCCAUCAUAAUGGACGGGAACAGAAGGUUUGCGAAGAAGGUGAAGUGCGAACGUUCAAAGGGACACGAGAAGGGUUUUGAGAAGUUAACAGAGGUGCUGGAAUGGUGUUUUGAUCUUGGAAUACCAGAAGUUACAGUUUAUGCAUUUAGUAUUGAGAAUUUUAAACGAUCAAAAGAGGAAGUGGAUGGACUCAUGGAACUUGCCACACAAAAAUUUGAUAGAUUGAUGGAAGAGAAAGAAAUGAUCAUGAAGCAUGGAGUUUGUGUGAGAGCGCUUGGUGAUCUCACCAUGUUACCAGAAGAGUUACAAAGAUCAGUAGCAAGAGUUGUGAAAUAUUCUCAAAAUAACACCAAAGCAACCUUGAAUGUUUGCUUAGCAUAUACAUCAAGACAUGAAAUUUCAAAUGCUGUUAAAUUAAUGGCUGAAGGUGUUGAACUUGGUUUAUUAAAAGCAAGUGACAUUAGUGAGUCAUUACUAGAGAAAUGUCUCUACACAUCACACUCCCCACACCCUGAUAUGUUGAUAAGGACAUCAGGAGAGGUGCGGUUUAGUGAUUUCUUAUUAUGGCAGUGUUCAUAUUCCUCAUUGUCAUUUCUCAAAGUUUUAUGGCCUGAGUUUUCAGUGUGGGAUUUUUAUGGAGCCAUUCUCUCAUUCCAGUGGAAUUAUAAGGCAUUCAAGGAAGCUACUGAGAGCUGUAGGAUAAAGCAAACACAAGCAGAGUUGGACUGGGAGCUACAAUGUGUGUUGGAUGAAAUGGCAGGAGGAUCUGUUUCAGUCUCCAAUGGCAAUGGUCACAUGCCAAACACAAGAUCAGCAUUUGAACAGAACGGCGCGACAACUGAGGAAAUACCCUUAACAAAUGGUUACCAUGGGCUUCAAACAAGCAUACAUAAUGUUGAAGAACUUAUUACUAUGCCUUGCAUUCAACAGAGACUAGAAACUUAUAGAGAAUUGAAGCAAUCCAGGAUAGAUAAAUUUCUUGCACAUUUGGAAAACAGACAAGUGGAAUAUCUAGAUAGAAUAUGCCCAAAAGUGAUGUGAGAGUACACUUGUUGCUUGAAACCAGACAGACUUUAUACUUUAUAAAAUGAAAAUAGAGAAAAAUUGAAUGUUGCUCAGCCUAGCAAAAGGAAGUUGAUCCAUUCAACUUUUCACCAAUCAGUUGAAGCAUUAGAACAAUCAAAACUUUAAUUACCUGGAGUAACUAAAGAUAUUACUGCAUUUUAAAGAGCACUUACCUUCAAUCAAAUCAACUCCAAAUUGCUUUUAAAAGCAUGCAUACAGUACAUCUAGCUUUGAAAUUGUGCAAUGUGAUAUUUUUGCAAACAUUUGAACAACAAUCCUUGUGCUGUAGAAGGGUGAAUUGAGUAUUUGAAGUGUCACCUUCACAACCAGUCAAUCAACUGAAAAGUACACUAACCUGAAUCACAAUUUGACCAAAAAUAAAUCUAUAAAGUAAUUUUAUUUCCUACUUAAGUCGAAAGAGCUCCCUCAAUAGGCAGCCAGUCUGUGUUUGCUGAGAGCAAAAAAAGCCCUUUGCAGGAAGGGUUUUAGGUUUUAUUUGCAAAAAGGGGUUAAAAGAGAAAUUUCUGAGGAGAAUAUUAGGCUAAUUUAAUAGAAAAUUGACAAAUUAAAGGAAUCUUCUAUGUUCCCUGAUCUGGACAAGAUGCAUGUACAGGAAUAUUUCUAUUCAUCCAUAAGAAUGGGUUCACUUUAAAACGAUCAUGGUAAGAAAGUCAUUAUACUUGUAAAUAUGAUAAAUGUUUUUAUUGAUAUUUGCUGUUUCUCUUCAAAGGUUGUUGAAUUAAGGGGGUCCUUAGAUGGGUAUUUUAAAAUAAAACUUAUUAUUUAUUUCA